AUGAGUGAGCAGUGCAAUAAUAUCACUGCACCAAAUAUGUGAGCAGAGCACAUCCUCCUCGCUGAUCGGUGACGCUGCACGCAGUACGCACUUCACGCGCUGGAGCUGAUCUACAGGUACAGAAGAUGGACGUGAAGGACCAAUGCGCACAAAUGGAGCCUUUGCUGCCCGCGGUGGUCACCUCUCCUGGAAGACAAAGUGUGAGGAAUGAUGAGGAGGCUGUGGUGGACAGAGGAGGCACUCACUCCAUGCUUAAAGCUGGACUGGAGAAGGAGGAGCUAGAAGGUCACAGGACUCUGUAUAUCGGGGUUCAUGUUCCUCUGGGCAGAAGAACCCACAGCCGUCAUCGGCAUCAUGGACACCGACACAGAAAGAGGAGCAAGGAGAGAGACUCAGGCGUCGAAGACGGACGAGAAUCACCUUCAUACAAUACUCCCUCCCAGAGGGUGCAGUUUCUGCUGGGCACUGAGGAUGGUGAUGAAGAGCACAUCCCACACGACCUCUUCACCGAGCUGGAUGAGAUCUGUCUGCAUGACGGAGAGGAUGCUGAGUGGAGAGAAACUGCCAGGUGGCUGAAGUUUGAAGAGGACGUGGAGGAUGGAGGUGAGCGCUGGAGUAAACCGUACGUUGCGACGCUCUCUCUGCACAGUCUCUUUGAGCUGCGGAGCUGCAUUAUAAACGGCACCGUCAUGUUGGACAUGAGAGCCAGCUCUCUGGAGGAGAUUGCAGAUAUGGUGCUGGACCAACAGGAAGUGGCUGCGCAUCUUCAAGAGGAUGUCAGGAAGAAGGUCAAAGAGGCUCUUCUGAAGCAGCACCAUCAUCAGAACCACAAGAAACUGGCCAAUCGGAUUCCCAUCGUCCGCUCUUUCGCCGAUAUCGGCAAGAGGCAGUCCGAGACAAACUGCAUGGACAAAAACGGUCAGAUGAUUCCUCCCCAGUCUCAACCUCUGACCACUGAGGGCAAGAACGACGUGAGCCGUGAAAACAGUGCUGUGGACUUCAGCAAGAUAGACCUGCACUUCAUGAAGAAGAUUCCUCCGGGCGCAGAGGCCUCUAAUGUUUUGGUUGGAGAGCUGGAGUUUUUGGACAGGCCUGUCGUGGCGUUUGUCCGCCUCUCUCCUGCUGUACUGCUGAACGGUCUGGCAGAGGUGCCCAUCACCACCAGGUUCCUGUUCAUCCUGCUGGGGCCUCUGGGUAAAGGACCACAGUAUCACGAGAUUGGCAGAUCAAUUGCUACCUUGAUGACAGAUGAGGUUUUCCAUGAUGUGGCCUAUAAAGCUAAGGACCGCAAUGAUCUGAUUGCUGGAAUCGAUGAAUUUCUUGACCAAGUUACAGUUCUGCCACCGGGAGAAUGGGACCCGUCCAUCAGGAUAGAGCCGCCAAAGAACGUCCCGUCCCAGGAGAAGAGAAAGAUCCCUGCCGUGCCUAAUGGAGAGCUGGCAGAGACGGAGGAACAUGGUGGACAUGGAGGCCCUGAGCUGCAGCGCACCGGGAGGAUUUUUGGUGGAUUGGUUCUGGAUGUGAAGAGGAAGGCUCCUCACUUCCUGUCAGAUUUCACAGAUGCGCUCAGCCUGCAGUGUUUGGCCUCUUUCCUGUUCCUGUACUGCGCCUGCAUGUCCCCUGUUAUCACCUUCGGAGGACUGCUGGGAGAAGCCACCGAGGGACGCAUAAGUGCAAUUGAAUCACUGUUUGGAGCCUCCAUGACUGGAAUGGCUUACUCACUUUUUGCCGGCCAGCCUCUCACUAUUCUGGGCAGCACUGGACCUGUCCUUGUGUUUGAGAAAAUAUUAUUCAAAUUCUGCAAGGAGUAUGGGCUGUCGUACCUGUCCCUCAGGACGUGUAUUGGGCUGUGGACGGCGUUCCUCUGUCUGCUGCUGGUGGCCACUGAUGCCAGCUCCCUCGUCUGUUACAUCACACGCUUCACGGAGGAGGCCUUUGCCUCUCUCAUCUGCAUCAUCUUCAUCUAUGAGGCCAUGGAGAAGCUCAUUCAUCUUGGGGAGACGUAUCCCAUUAAUAUGAACAACAAUCUGGAGAAACUCACCACUUACAGAUGUUCCUGUAUUGAGCCUGCAAACCCCAACAAUGCCACUCUUCAGUAUUGGGAGCAGAACAACGUCUCAGCUCCUGAGAUCUACUGGGAGGCUCUGGAAGUUCAGGACUGCAUUGAGAAGAAAGGAGAAUUUGUGGGGUCCGCUUGCGGUCCUCAUGGUCCGUACGUUCCUGACGUUCUCUUCUGGUCUGUAGUUGUCUUCUUCUCUACUGUGGCCAUGUCAGCGUUCCUCAAAGAAUUCAAGACCAGCCGCUACUUCCCCACCAAGGUCAGAGCCAUCAUCAGUGACUUUGCUGUUUUCAUCACUAUUUUGACGAUGGUUUUGGUGGAUUAUGCUUUAGGUGUGCCUUCCCCCAAACUGCAGGUCCCCAAUGAGUUUAAGCCAACUCGUGAUGACCGUGGGUGGUUCAUUAACCCGCUGGGUCCGAACCCGUGGUGGACGUGUGUGAUUUCAGUAUUUCCCGCCCUCCUCUGCACCAUCCUCAUCUUUAUGGACCAGCAGAUCACAGCUGUGAUCAUCAACAGGAAGGAGCACAAGCUGAAGAAAGGCUGUGGCUAUCAUCUGGACCUGUUCAUUGUGGGUGUGAUGCUGGGUGUCUGUUCUCUGAUGGGGCUGCCGUGGUUCGUGGCAGCGACGGUCCUGUCCAUCAGCCACGUCAACAGUCUGAAGCUGGAGUCCGAGUGUUCGGCGCCAGGAGAACAGCCCAAGUUCCUCGGGAUCAGAGAGCAGCGGGUCACCGGGCUCAUGAUCUUCCUCCUCAUGGGCUGCUCUGUAUUCAUGACUUCAGUGCUGAAGUUUAUUCCAAUGCCAGUGCUGUAUGGAGUUUUCCUUUACAUGGGCGCAUCUUCACUGAGAGGAAUACAGUUUUUUGAUCGUUUGAGGUUAUUCGGGAUGCCAGCUAAACACCAGCCAGACUUCAUUUACCUGAGACAUGUCCCACUCCGAAAGGUUCAUCUGUUCACCAUCAUCCAGCUCAGCUGUCUGGUUCUCCUCUGGGUCAUCAAGACCUCCAGAGCCGCCAUCGUCUUUCCCAUGAUGGUGUUGGCGCUGGUCUUCAUUAGAAAGCUUCUGGAUUUUAUCUUCACAAAGCGAGAUCUAAGCUGGCUCGAUGACCUCAUGCCCGAGAGCAAGAAGAAGAAACUGGAGGAUGCUGAGCGAGAGGAGGAGCAAAGUAUUUUGGCAGAGGAAGAAGGAAUCGUACAAGUGCCAUUGGAGGCACAUUACAAAGAUGAUCCUUCUACUGUCAACAUUACUGAUGAAAUGUCCAAAGGCUCCUUUGGAAACACUUGGAACUCCAAAACUGAUUUGUACUCGAAAAGCCCCAUUUCCUAAGCUUGCAGAUGCUGAUCCCCAAAGCCUGUCUAAUAAGAAAGUGCACAAGGAGCGUCGAUGGAAAGAAGAUUCACUGUGUUCAUACACAAACACACACUAAUACACACACACACAGAUUUACCUAGCUAUCGAAAAAUAGACAUAUAUUUUUUUUUAAGGAAUAGUUCACAAAAAUAAAAUUAAUAUGUAUUUAUAUAAAAUAAAUAAAUAUUUAUUUAUUUAUUUAUAUUUUGUGAACUAUUCCUUGUUCUGUCUAACCCAUACACAAACUUGACCCCUAACCCUACAUUUAUUUUCUGACAAAUUACUUUUACAGAUUUGAUUAACUUCUGGAGACAUUAUCCAUCAUUCACCUUAAAGUAUGGCUAGUUUACUAGUAAACGCACAUAUAAACUCUAACUUAUUCGACGCCUCGGCUCCCUGUCUCGUCUUGUGUUUCUGUAUUUUUAAAGUAUAUCAGUGCUAAGCUUUUUAGCUUCUAGGCAUUAAGCCUUUACGUACAUAAUAGUAAUACCAGCAAACGGUGCGGAGAUUGUUGCGUGGGAAAUGAAGAGAAAGUGUUAUUUCCAACUUUUAUUUUAAACGCUCUCUGACGUAUUUUAUAUGUUUUGUAUUUUUUAAAUGGCGUAACUUUCACUACGGUUUUAAAUGUGUACACAGUCUACAGUAGGUGAGCAAUUAAUUUAACCUGCAUUACGAAUAGCCAUUU